AUGAGGCAUUCGCCUGUUACCUUUACUGAGAAGGAAGUGGCUGUGGUGAAUGAUAACGGAGGCGAUUGUUAUACGUGCAGGAUGGUUGGAUUUGUGACCUUCACCGCGGCAUCGGCCUAUUGUUUAGCAGAGGCGAAGAGGAGUGUCGGCGCUGGACGUCGGGUAUUUCGUGGUCUCAGCGGCUUGUUUGCUGCACUCGCUUUGGUGCGUGGUUUCACUCCAGCACGGCCUGUUGAUAUUUCAACACUAAAUUAUGAUUUUUAA